ACUAACAUUUGACAUUGACAGCAGAUUUUAAAAAUGAGGAAAACGGAAAAUACACAAAGUUUUUCCUAAUUUUAUAUUUUUAAUUAAUUACAUUUUCAUUAUAUUAGUUGAUUAUUAGUUUAGAUUAGAAGCGAUUUGCCAGUAGUUAUUAUAACAUUUGAUAAGGUGCAACACUCCAGGAGGUUAAUGUGAAAUGAUGAAUUAAAACAAAAUGAGAUCUCUUAGACACUGAAUGUACCUACUUGAAAAAUCAUCUAUUAUUUUGUAAUAAAUUUUGCCCAUAAUUCAUUGUGAAACCGAUAUUUUAAACAUCAUGGAUAAACUUAGAAUUUUAUUUGUUUGCCCACAAAAUUAUGCAGAUGAGAGUGAAAGCUCUGAAGUAAUGCUACAAGCCUUUGAGGUAUGCAAACAAAAUGUCAAUACAAAUGUCAGCUGGAUAAAGGAAUCAAAAUUUAAGUCUCUGACUUUAAACAAAACUGAUUUUGUUGUUUUUGAAAAAUUUGAGGGACCACUAUUUGAAGAACUGCAGAAUACAAAAAGCACUAGGAUUGUUGGACCAUGGGCUGUUUCCAUCUGCCUAACGGAAGGAAAGGCAAUACCCAACUAUGAAUGGCCUAUGUACAACGUUGCUAUGUAUAAUUGUAUAGUUACAUGUUCACAUUUGACUAAAAACCAUAAAAUGGAGGUUAGGAAUAAAGUUGAAUUAAUGGGAGGUUGUUAUGUGGAUAAUCUAGUGGAAAAAAAUACUCAUUUGGUCACUGGAAGUGCUAAAUCUGAAAAAUAUUUGAUUGCUGCCGAGGCUGGCUUAAAACUAAUGCGUCCAACUUGGAUAGAUGACGUUUGGACUGCUAGUCAAACUGCUAACGUCCAUGCCGAUGAUGAAGAUUUUCAAAAACAUAAAUGCUUAACAUUUCACAAUCUUACAAUAAGUUCAACCGGCAUUACAAAUUUAGCGGAGAAACUUAAAAUUGAGAAACUGGUCACUGAAAAUGGAGGAAAUUUUAGCGGAAAACUUACUUUGGCAACAACAGACGUAUUAGUAUGUUCUGGAGACGUUGUGAAGAGUGAAAAAUACAAAGCCGCCCGUCAGUGUGAACAUAUAAAAUGCGUAAAUGUAAACUGGGUUACAGACAGUGUUGCCAAAGGGUAUGCACUUUCUCAUGAUUUAUAUAAAGUUCAGAAAAUAACUUCGACACCUACCAAAAGAGAUAAAUACGUCAAUCCUGAAUUUUCGGUUUUAAGUGCUAUAGGAGGAUUUAAUACCUCUUCGAGAACUCAUAUUGAAGAAACACUUAGUAUGACAUCAUCAGAUGGAGAAAGAGUUUCAAAUAAUAAAAGAAAAGCUAAAGAUAAUUUAGACGAAUUAAUUGAAAGCUUGGAUAUUAAGAAAGCUAAAAAAUCAGGAGAGUAUUUAGAUGGAUGUUCGGUUUAUUUAACGGGUUUUGGUUCUGAGCACAUUGACAAACUCAACAAAAUCAUAAAUUUGAGCGGUGCCACUCGGUAUGACACUUUUUCAGACCGAGUGACUCAUGUCAUAGUUGGUGAUAGUAGCUCCCAUGAAGUUGCUAUCAUUAAGAAUAAAAAUUCGUCAGCUGUUCUGGUAUCUCUUCAAUGGUUAAUAGAUAGUAUGGAGCAAAAACAACCUGUUGUUGAAGAUAAAUAUUUAGUUGUAACUGUAGACGUAGAUGUUAAUUUGGGAUCACCUCUUAGUAAAAAAGGAUUAAGUUUGCUGCGGUCAAAUAGAACAGUUACUGAAAAAGAAAUUGAACUGAAUAAUAUGAACGAAGAAGAAAUGGAUAAUGACUUCACUCCACAAAGUAUGGCACCACCAAAUGAAUCUGAUACUUUGGGUAUGUUAUUAAAUGGAAUAGAUGGCACAAAAUUAAUUAAGGAAAUUCAAGAACCCCCCAAGUGUACACCCCAGUUUCAACCAACGGAAGCGUCUACACAACAGUCUUCAAUGUCAGUUACUCAAGACGCAGAGACUGAAGUUAGUCGAAUUUUUGAACAUUCGAAAUUCUUAAUUGUUGGAUUCGACGAUGAAGAAUUUGCUGAACUAAAAAAAUCAAUAACAGAUUUGGGAGGUGAUGUAGUAUCCAAAUCAUAUAAAGGAAUACCAGACUAUGCUGUUGUCCCAAUGUUUAACAAAAAUGAGCUACACCAUACUGCCUCCGAAAUAGUAAAUGAGCUUUUUAUUAGGGAAUGCAUUAAGCAAGAAGAACUUUUAUUGAGCAUUGAUUAUUACCACCGGCCUGUCGAUAUACCAGAUACCAAACCGGUAGAAGACUGUGUAAUAACGAUCAGCAGCUAUUCGGGAACCGAAAGAAAUUUUCUACGACACCUCAUCGAAGCAUUAGGAGGAUUAGCUCAAGAACAGUUUGCUAGAGUGCGAUCAGAAAACAAAGGUCUUUUUGCUUCUACGCACUUGGUAAGUUUCGAAGCGAGCGGAAAGAAAUAUGAAGCGGCUUUAAAAUGGGGUUUACCUGUAAUAAGCAAAGAUUGGUUAUUGGAAUGUGCAAAAACCGGAAAAAAAGUGUAUGAAGGUGAUUUUCUACUUGGAGAAUCUACAGCACCCGAUAGGAGAGAAGAAUAUGUAGAAAAUACUCCACAAAAAUGUAAAGUUCCCAAUGACACGGCAAAAGUGUAUGUAACUCCUUCAGAUUUAGCAGGUUCGAGCAAAUCGUCGAAAGUAUUAACGCCGGUUAAUAAUGUCACACCUUAUCACAAAAGAUUUUUAAAUAGUGCAGAGAAAUUUAGCCAAGUUACACCAGUGAAUAAAAUUAUGAAACAAUUUAGGGAGAGCAACUUAAAUUUCAGUCAAAGCAAUAAAGAAACAAAAGAGUACAGCAUACCGCAACCUUGGGCGUUUGUAAAGACGCCAGAAACGCCGCUUGGUGCGUUUUUAAAACCGGAUCCCUCGCCUAAUUUGAAAAAGCAGUUUGAAUAUUGGCUGGGACAGUUUCCAGACAAGCCUUCUCCAAAAAGUAAUAAAAGUACGCCUCUCUCUGAAAUAAAACGGCAGUUAGCUGAAAAAGUUGCCAAAAUUGGAGCCUAUAAGUUGAAUUUCGACGAAACGGGGGAAGACCUUCCAGAGCAACGAUUACAACAACAACAAUUGGAUACUACUGAUACGAAUUCUGAGGUCACGCCAAAUGAGGCAGAUAUAACGCCGGAAAACCAACAGAUAGCAAGCAGAAUUAAACAAAUAGAAGACUUGCUUAGUGCCAGUGGGUCUGCUAAAAGACAAAGUACGAACUUCCAGGCGCUGAUCCCAGGUCCAGCUGGCACGUCAGAAUACAAGGAUUCACAACCAUGUACAGUAGGAUGGGAUUUUAGGUCGCAAGAGCAUCAGCAAGCUAAAAGCCAACUGAAAAUAUUUUCGCUUUCUGGAAUUGCAGACGACACGGAGAGGGCAAAGAUGGUAACGGACCUGGAGCAAUUAGGAGCCACAGUAUCUAAUUUAGCCAAUUAUGAUCCGUCUUGUACACAUCUAUUAUGUCCAAAACCUGCUAGAAAUGAAAAGUCUUUAUCUUGUAUGGCUUCUGGAAAGUGGAUCUUACACACGUCUUACCUGGAGAAGUCGAUAGAGGCUGGACAUUUUUUGAACGAAGAAGAGUUUGAAUUUGGCAAUCCCAAAUCUGUAGGAAAAUUCACUAUUUCGCACGAUAGAGACACAGAAACAAGAACACAGCAAAUGCAUUGGUGGAGGAAAGAGGUCGGCAGAAGAGGAUAUGGGGCUUUUAAUGAUAUGAGAGCGAUUGUCGUAGCAAAUAAAAGAGAACCUAUCAUACGGGUAAUAGAAGCUGGAGGAGGAGUUGUAAUUAAUCUAAAACCCCCGUUCGAAGAUACAGUUCAUGCAACACAUUGUUUAUUGGAGCAAAAAAGCGUAGAUAAAUUCACUGAUUAUAUUCCCCUAGCUAAACAGGGAAUUUAUCUUGUUAAUACAGUGUACAUUAGUGAUCAUUUACAUAAUCCAAAUAAGGAUAUAAGAGACUGCAUUUUACCAUAUUUUUCAAAAUACUAUGGAAGAAAUUGAGUAAAGACUUAAAUUGUGAUUUGUACAACUAAUUAUUUUUAUAUAAAUAC